GCGGCCAGGCGCCCCGGCCUGGGCGCAUCCUGGCGGCGUCCGCGGCGGCGCCCGCGUGGCCCGAGCGCCCGGGCCUUCCUCGCCGGGCCCCGGGCCUGCCCUUGACCCGCCUCUCCCCUUGCCCCUUCCUUCCCCGCCCUGUCCCCCUCCCCGCCCCCCGGCGACGGAGGGCGGGGGCAGCCGUGUUCCCGUCCCGCCGCCUGGGUCUGUCCCUCUCCCCGGGACCCGCCGGUGACGUUUCGCACACGUGCGCGGAGGACGCGCCUGUGACUGGGGAGGAGGCGGCGGCGGGAGGGGGCGCUGGAGGGGGAGAGGGGGGCACCCACUUCCUCCUGCUUGCCGGCUCCCUGGCCUGGGACGGUCCCGGCGCCCUCGCACCCGCCCCCGGCACGGCCACCCUCCCUCUGCUCGCCCUAACCACCCCCCCACCCCCCGGCCACGGGCGCCCGCCCUCGCCCGGCGCCGCCGGUCUGUUCGGCCCUCCGGGCCCCCUCUCCAGCCGGCCCCCCCCCACCUCCCCCGGAGCCAGGCUGGUUUCGGAAAUGCCCUUACAGCAGCAGGCAAAGCGAAGGCUGGAGCUCGGAGAAAGCGGUCACCAGUACCUCGCAGAUGGCUUAAAAACCCCCAAGGGCAAAGGAAGAGCCGCCCUGCGAAGUCCAGAUAGUCCAAAAACUCCAAAAUCUCCCUCAGAAAAAACACGGUAUGACACAUCCCUUGGUCUGCUCACCAAGAAGUUCAUUCAGCUGCUGAGCCAGUCCCCCGAUGGGGUCUUGGAUUUGAACAAGGCGGCGGAGGUGCUGAAGGUGCAGAAGAGAAGAAUCUACGACAUCACCAACGUGCUAGAAGGCAUCCACCUCAUCAAGAAGAAGUCGAAGAACAACGUGCAGUGGAUGGGCUGCAGUCUGUCUGAAGAUGGGGGCAUGCUGGCCCAGUGUCAAGGCCUGUCCAAGGAAGUGACCGAGCUCAGCCAGGAAGAGAAGAAAUUAGAUGAACUGAUCCAAAGCUGCACCCUGGACCUCAAACUGCUAACCGAAGACUCAGAGAACCAAAGGUUAGCUUACGUUACAUAUCAAGAUAUUCGAAAAAUUAGUGGCCUUAAAGACCAAACUGUUAUAGUUGUCAAAGCCCCUCCAGAAACAAGACUUGAAGUGCCUGACCCAAUAGAGAGCCUACAAAUACAUUUGGCAAGUACCCAAGGGCCCAUUGAGGUUUAUUUGUGUCCAGAAGAGACAGAAACACACAGUCCAAUGAAAACAAACAACCAAGACCACAAUGGGAAUAUCCCGAAACCCCCUUCCAAAGACUUGGCUUCAACCAACUCAGGACAUAGCGAUUGUUCGAUUUCUAUGGCCAAUCUUUCUCCUUUGGCCUCCCCAGCCAACCUCUUACAGCAGACUGAGGACCAAAUUCCUUCCAACCUAGAAGGACCAUUUGUGAACUUACUGCCUCCCCUGCUCCAAGAAGACUAUCUCCUAAGCCUCGGGGAGGAAGAAGGCAUUAGCGAUCUCUUUGAUGCUUAUGAUCUGGAGAAGCUCCCGCUUGUGGAAGACUUCAUGUGUAGUUGAUUAUGCUUUGUGUGACCUCCCCUUAUAAACCAAUAUUUUUUUAUUAUGGAACCAGAACAUCUGUCAUGCAGUGUUGCCCCUUCCUAACUUCUUCCUCCGAGAUAGUAUCAUGAAGUAAACUACAAACUUCAGAACAAAGCUGACAUUUUAAUGAAUUUAAAAGGGGGGGGGGUUGCCUUUUUGUUUUUUUUUUUUUUUGGGGUUUUUUGUUUUUGUUUUUGUUUUUUUUGUCUAAACGCACAGUCGCGGGCUCCCUUGGGAAAGCCCUGCUUUGCUCCAGGCUCCAAAAAUCUCCUGGAUGAGUCAGCAAUUGAGAAAAUGUGCAAUCAGGUGUCUCUCACCCGUAUUUUUCUUCCCUCCCUCCCGGAUUGGCUUGCUGUGCCUGACGGAUGCGCUGUGGAAUGGGGUCUGGCCACCUGGCCCACUCAAGAACAGCAAUCUUCCUUAAUAGCAUUUCAAGCCGUGCCUUCUCCGCGGAUUGCAUGUCUUUGGGGUCUGCUAAUAUGGAACGGAACGGCAGGAACUGUAAACUUGAAGUCAUGCAAAGUAUGAAAUGGAUUUCUUCAGCUCUUCUUAGGAAUAUUUAAAUUACUGUCAUAAUUCAGUGUAAGCUAUGGACCUUGCGUCCUGUAGGAGGUCAAGAGAACCUGCACAGCCUUUCAGACGAAGAACCUCUUUUCCGAUAUUUGUUGCAGAUACAGAAGAACAGUAGAGUUCUGCCACUCGGAAGCUGUUGUGGAUUUUCCUGUCUCCAUUAACCACUCCCAUUCCCCUGCCCCCAACGUAUUUGUUAGUUUAAAGUUGAUUUGUAGCAAAUGCUUACUUAGGAGUUUUCUGUGGAUUGUUUUCGCCUUUUUAUUUUUAUUCUUUUUAAAUUUUUUUUUUUAGCUGCCAUUUAAGCAUUCCUGUGGCACCCAGCACCAUUUCAAUUUAAUUGUUUACUUUGAAACGGUUUUUGCUAAUUCACAUUAUUUAAGCAGAGACGUAGAGGACCUCUACUGAUCAGAGCAUCUACACGUGUGUGAUCUAAGGUUUAACAGCCUCUGCAAGAAGUGUCACCCCACCUUGCUUCCUUUCCCAGGACGGGAGCUUGGAGCCAGCUGGUCCUGGGGCUCCCUCGCGGACACGGGUGGCCCGUUUGAGAGGAGAACCAGGUCAGAUGACAUAGCAGUCCCAAGGAGCAGCAGGUGUGGAUCCCUCCGUCCUUGGGCUUCCCGGCCCUGUGACUGGGGCAAGGGCUCUCUUACUCUGCACUCAGGGAGACCACUUCUCAGGAUGGGGUCAGAUGGAGAGGCCUCUGGGGACAAAGAUAUCCCCACUGUGUCAGUGGCAUUUACUUAAAAGCUGGUGAGAACAGGGCACUCCCACUGCAUCGGGGGCUGCGAUCGUCCUGGCCCAGAACCCAUUCCCCUUCCUCUACGAAGGAGUCAGUUGGACCAAGGGAAGUCAUUACGCGGAAGGAGAAGCGAUAGAAGCCAGGGCGUCUCCUACUUUACUCUUCAGGAACGGUGUCCCCCAGUUGGAGGCUUCGUGUCAGCUGCAAAUCCUACCAGUUAGGUCCAAGAAUGGCUUUCCCAUCGGCCCUGGGGAGGCACCCUUCUCCCGCUGGGCACAUGGCAUGGAACCUCAGGUCCAUUGCUUGGAUCCUGAAGACCACGGAAACGAGGGAGUCAGGUGAAAAAAAAAAAAAAACAAACCUCAAAACGAAAACAGUUAAAUUGAAA